ACUGCAGGCCCCAGACGGUGCCCACCUGUGCUUGCUGGUGCCCAUCUGCUGCCCCUGCGGCCCCUUCCGGGGCACAGGUCCCUCCAGACAUGAUGGGAUGGCCAUGGCUUUCCUGCCUCUUGCUUCCUGCCUUUGCAGUGUCUGUGGCAGCCAACGUGGCCCCAACGUUCCUGUCCAACAUGACAUCAGUGACCCUGCCUGAGGACCUACCAGUGGGUGCCGAAGCUUUCUGGUUGGUAGCUAAGGACCAGGACCAGGACCCUCUGACCUACGGAAUUAGUGGCUCCAAUGCCUACUUUUUCACUGUCAUCUCGACCACUGGAGAAGUGAAGCUGGCCAGCCCACUGGACUAUGAGACACUCUACUUCUUCCCAGUCACCAUCUCCGUGAGCGACGGUCACAACAACCCAGUGCAGAAGGAAAUGCAGGUGAUCGUGGAGGACAGAAAUGACAAUGCACCUGUUUUCCAAAACACCGGUUUCUCUACUAAUAUUAGCGAGACCCUGCCCAUUGGCUCCCUGGUGUUCUCUGUGCUGGCGGUCGACAAAGACACCGGGUCUGCGGGCGCCGUGGUGUACUACAUAGAAAGGGUCAUCCCUAGCACCUCGGACAGCCAGUACCUCUUCAAGAUCCUGCUCAAUGGUUCCAUCAUCCUCAACGGCAGCCUCAGCUACAACAACAAGAGUGCCUUCUACCAGCUGGAGCUGAAGGCCUGUGACUCGGGCGGUUGGUACCAAAACAGCUUCAUCACGCAGUGCUCUUCACCUGUCUUCCUGUCUAUCUCGGUGAUCGACCAGCCAGACCUGGACCCCGAGUUUGUCAGAGAGUUUUACUCGGCCUCUGUGGCUGAGGAUGCACCCCAGGGAACCUCAGUGCUGAAGGUGGAGGCCGUGGAUAGAGACAAAGGCAUCAAUGACCGCGUGACCUACAGCAUCUCCAACUCCACAAGACCUGGCUGGUUUGACAUUAGCCAAGAUGGGGUGAUCAGAGUCAGUGGUUCCUUGGACCGUGAGCAGCUGCUGGAGGAGGAUGAGGAGGUGCAGGUGCAGGUCACGGCCACCGAAGAGCACCUUAACAUCUAUGGGCAGGAGGCCAAGGUGAGCAUAUGGGUCACGCUGAGGGUGACCGAUGUCAAUGACCACAAACCUGAGUUUUUCAACUGUAGCCUCCUGGCCUGCACCUUCACCCCUCAAGAGGCCCAAGUCAACUUCUCCGGCUCCGUGGACGAACAUGCCUCCACGCGCAUCCCCAUCGACGACCUCACCAUGGUGGUCUAUGACCCAGACAAGGGCAGCAAUGGUACCUUCCUGCUAUCCCUGGAGGGCGCCGAUGCCGAAGCCUUCAGCGUGUCCCCUGAGCGGGCAGCGGGCUCGGCUGAGGUUCAGGUGCUGGUGAAGGUCCCGUCACUGGUGGACUAUGAGAAGAAGACGGUGAUGCUAGUGCAGGUCGUGGCCACUGACUUGGUCAGCGGGAACUCCUCCGUUGCCUUGGUGACCAUCUACCUUAGAGACAUUAACGACCAUAGGCCCACAUUCCCUCACAGCCUGUACAACCUCAGUGUCCCUGAGCACAGUGCAAAUGGCUUUGUGGUCACCGACAGCAUUCACGCCUUUGACCCAGACACGGGCGAGGGGGGCCGCAUCACCUACAGCCUGCUUCCAGGAAACGGGGCAGACAUCUUCGAGGUGGAUCCUGACUCAGGGACAGUGACAGUGAGAGACAGCGAGCUGCUGGACAGGGAGAAGCAGGGGGUGUACAAUGUCACACUGCAGGCCACAGAUGGCGGGGGCCUGUCAUCCUCCACCACGCUGCAGAUCUACCUGCUGGACAUCAAUGACAACACGCCAGUGGUCAUCGGCUCCUACAUCAUCUUUGUUCAAGAAGAGACGGGCAAUGUCUCCGUGACCAUCCAGGCUCAUGACGACGACCAGCCAGGCACCAACAACAGCCGUCUGUACUUUAGCUUGCUGCCCAGUCCCUACAGCCACAACUUCUCGGUGGACCCUGACACAGGGCUCCUCAGAAACCUGGGACCCCUGGACAGAGAGGCCAUUGACCCUGCCCUGGGGGGUCAAAUUGUGCUGACGGUGCGUGUGUCCGACUGUGGCGUGCCUGUCCUCAGCACUGAGGUCAACGUCACCAUCACUGUGGAGGACAUCAAUGACAAUCUGCCUGUCUUCACCCAGUUGAGUUACACCUUCCCGGUGAGGGAGAGGGACCCAGGAGUGCUGGUGGGCGUGGUGAAGGCCUGGGAUGCGGAUCAGACGGAAGCCAACAACCGUAUCAGCUUCAGCCUGUUAGGGGGCGGUGCCAACUUCAUGCUCCGGGGCUAUGUGCUGGGGUCUGGGUGGGCUGAGGGCCGCCUCUGGCUGCCCUCAGAUGUGAGCCUGGACUAUGAGACCCAGCCCUCCUUCAAUCUGACAGUGAUUGCGGAGAACCCAGACCCCCAGGGAGCUGAGGCCACCGCAGGAAUCUUUGUGCCUGUGGAGGACGUGAAUGAUGAACCACCCACCCUGGACGCGUCCUCGCUCCAGGGCAUUCAUGUGGCUGAGAAUGGCUCGCAGCACGGCCUGGUGGCUGAGGUGGUUGCCCAGGACGUGGAUACACAGGCCCAGCUGGAGGUGCAGCUUGUAAACGUCAUCUGUACCAAGGCCGGGGUCAACGUGGGCAGCCUGUGCCAUGGCUGGUUCUCUGUGCUGGCCAACGGCUCUGUGCUCAUCAAUCAGAGUGAGGCCAUCGACUAUGAGAUCUGUGACCUAGUCACGCUGGUUGUGCGGGCCUAUGACCUCACAACGGAUCCCCGCUUCCAGGCCUACAGUGACAACGGAAGCCUCCCCAUUGCCAUCGAGGACGUGAAUGACAAUGCACCCUAUUUUCUGCCUGACAAUAAGACUUUUGUGAUCAUCCCGGAAAUUGUGAUGCCCAGCCAUCAGGUUGCUUCCGUCCGGGCCAGAGACGAUGACUCAGGGAACAAUGGGGCCAUCCUGUUCUCCAUCCUCCAAGCGGAUUUCGUCACUAAGGAUGGGGCCGUGAUCGCUUUCAAUGGCUUCUUCCGAAUCUCCACCUCCUCAGAGGCCAACGUGUUCAUUGGCACCAUUGAGCUGGUGACCAGCCUUGAUUCAACUCUCCAAGGCACCUACCAAGUGACAGUUCAGGCCCAGGACAGACCUUCCGUAGGUCUUGCCCAGGAAGCCAAUAUCACCCUGAAUCUCUUCACUGUGGACCAGAGUUACCGUGUGAGGCUGCAGUUCUCCACGAACAAGGAAGAAGUGGGCGCCAACAUGGAGGAGAUUAAGGCGGCUCUCGCCCAGGCGACCAGGACUACUCUCUACGUUGUGGACAUUAAGGACAUAGAAUCCACAGCUCGGGCCCGAAGCCGUUCCUACCUUGACGGCUACUUAGUCUUCCCAAAUGGGUCAGCCCUGACACUUGAUGAGCUGAGCGUGAUGAUCCGGAGUGACCAGGACGCACUGAUGCAGCUGCUGCAGCUGGGGCUGGUGGUGGUGGGCUCCCAGGAGAGCCCGGAGUCAGACCUGCCAAAGCUGCUCAGUAGCGUCAUCAUCGGAUUGGGAGUGGCUUUGCUGCUGGUCAUUGUGAUCAUGACCAUGGCCCUUGUGUGUACCCAGAAGAGAUACCACCGGAAGCUUCGGGCUGUAAAGGCUGCCAACGAGGCCCGGAGAACAGUGGCGGGGGUGAUGCCCUCAGCCUCUGCCAUCCCUGGGACUAACAUGUACACCGCUGAGAGGGCCAAUCCCAUGCUGAACCUCUCUACCAAGGACCUGGGUUUUGAGUCCCAAUCCUCCUCCAGCGACCUGGACUGUAUCAGCCGCAACUCCCUGGAUGACAACUCUGUGGACCUGGAAAAGGACAAACAGGAAAUCAAGGAGCCCCUGCACAGUCCUACAGCAUCAGAUGCAGAGCCCCUGAGCGCAGUACUGUCAGGAAGGAACGUGGGUACCGGGGGACAGCUGUCCUUCACCAACGCUGGCCUGGACACCACAGACCUGUGACGGGGGCCCUUCUACAGAGCUCCACAUGGGCCCUGACUCUUCUAGUCUACCUCGGAAGAGGCCCUGUCUCCCCCAAACUAUACCUACCCUCUCUGAAUUUAAUAAUACAUUGUGUUGAU